AUGAAGGUAAAAACAAUGCCUAUUUGGAUGAUUUUUUUAUUGUCUGUUAAGACAGGAUUUGGACUGAUGCAGAGAGGCACUUGCAGACCUUUUUGUACUGGAAGUGACUGUGUUACUGUGAACCAAGAAAUGGUGGAUUUUAAAACAGCCAAAGAGGAAUGCCAUGAAAAGAAUGGAGAACUGAUGACCUUUCAGACUGAGAAAGACGGGAACAUCCUCGACAUUUUAAGUAAAGAAUCGUAUGGAAACUUCUGGAUUGGACUCAGUUUACCUGCUGGCAUCUGCAGCAACCUUUCAGCUCCACUGAGAGGUUAUAAGUGGGCGUCUGGUAGAAUGCAAAAUAGCUCUGUUCUGUCCCUCUGCACCUGGAAUGACAACUUUAAAGUCUGCUCUCCACACUGUGUGUCUAUUUCAAAUGAUCGAAGGUUGACAGAGCGAUUGUGCACUGACAGGACUGAUGGCUAUCUGUGCAAAAUGAAGCACAAAGAUGCAUGCCAGAUUCAGAGACAAUCAGAUUCCAAUUUUUACAAAAGCUCCAAAGGCUGCUCAAAUGCUCCCUGUGAGCAUCUAUGCACGGCUGUAGGAGGUGGAUAUAAAUGUUCCUGUUUUAAUGGAUAUAUCCCAGACAGUAUCAACCCCAAGCGGUGCGAACUGCACUGCUCGCAAGAGAAAUGUCCUGCAAUAUGUCAAAGAAACACUGACAGUGCAUGCGAAUGUCCUAAAGGAUACCUGGCUGUUGAUAAAUUUUGUGUGGACUUUGAUGAAUGUUCAAUGGAAUGGUGUGACCAAAAGUGUAACAAUACUUUUGGGAGCUUUAAGUGCUCCUGUGAAAAAGGAUUCAUACUUAAAGAUGAAGUCAAAUGCAUCAAAGCAGCGUAUGAUGAACAUUUUGUGGUCACAACUCCCAUCAUAAUUGGCUUUGUGAAACCAGCUACCAAUAAUCAUACAAAUAACGCGUCUUCGACUGCUGGUGGUUUUCUCUGGAUAUGGAUUUUUCUUGCUCUGGCUGUAGUUGUGUUUAUAGCUGUCAUAAGGUUUUAUGUUGUCAAGUACCAGAGGGGUAGAGCACAAAAUACCAAUCAACAAUUUACUGUCCCCUCGCAAAAUAUUGAGUGUUAA